GUACUGUUAUAUAUUUAAAACCUUAGAGACAACCCUAUGUCAGCCUCUAUUUUAGCAAGCUUGCAUUCUCCUAUUCAACUGCCAUGAGCAUUAUCUUUCAGCUUAAAGUCAGUCCCAUUUUACGAUUCAAACCGAGCAGUUGCCUUUCUAAAUCUGUAUUUCUAAAUAAAUCCUUUGUGUAAAAUAAAAUCUCUUUUUUAAAACUCUAAAUCCGGGACGUCGUAUAACAUUGGUGGCAGCUCAAGGGAUUUUUAAAAAAUCCUCGGUACGCCUCAGUUUGGCAGUCGCGACUAACGAGUGAUUACAAAAGUGAAUAUUUCUGUGAAUAACUAGAUUUUCCUAUUCGCUGUGAAUUCUAAAAUUGUUUUGUGAAGAAACAUCCGCCGUCUCCGCCCCAUACAUCAAAGAUGUUCAUUGGUAAAACUGCAGCAUUCCUGUAAGUCUUCAAAAAAAAAAAUCCUAUAUAUUCGUAUUUCAGUGUGUUGUGUAAAAAAAAAUUAGUGAAGUUCAAAGUGCUAAAAAUAGAAAGGUUUUAAUAAAUUACAAUCUCAUAAUUGGUUAUAAUACCAAUUAGAAAUCAGUGCAUCGCCUAAUCAGUUCUCAGUAACGCUAGCCGUCGUCGCGUCGUUAUCAGUAUUGUUUUGUCUAGGCCAUAUCCUACGUGAAGAUGCCUAAGGAAGAUGUUAUUGUACGCGAGUCUAAGAAUAGGCCAUCUACAGACGUUGAUUUAAAUAUAUUAAUUAAAUUCAUAAACAAAUUUGAUGGUAACCGAGAAAAAUUAAGUGCCUUUUUAAACAAUUGUAAAAAUGCGGUAGAACUUGCUACUCAAAAUCAACAGGACAUUUUAUUAAAAUUUAUUAUAAGUCAAUUAGAAGGUCGCGCAGAAACGGCUUGUUGUGUUAAAGAAUUCGAGAAUUGGCACCAGCUCGAAGAUUUCUUAAAAUCUCAAUUUGGGGAUAAAAAACACUAUGCUGCGCUGCUUUCUGAUUUACAGGAAUGUCGUCAAUUAGGCAACGAAACGGUCAACCAGUUUGCAUUACGAAUAGAGUCUUGCUUGUCAAAAUUAUUAUGCGAAAUUAAUAUAACUAUCCCUACUAAGAAAAAAGACGAACUGGCAGGCCGCGUCGCAGCUAUGAAAGACUUAGCGUUACACACGUUUGUAGUCGGCCUAAAUCCAAGAUUGUCUACAGUAGUUCGAUGCCGUGACCCUGAAUCUUUGAACGACGCCAUUAAUUUCGCUACUUCGGAGGAAAAGAUUAUCAAUGCUUUGACACGACGAAAUACUAAUUACUCGCAAACUCCAAAUACUCAGAAUCAGGCACGAUUCCGCCCAUCUCACUCAUCAUAUCCACAAAAUCGAUCAGCCUUACAACAUGGCACUAAUAAUAAUACAACAUCUGCCGCGUUUAGGCCCUCUAAUCCUAUAGUGUGCCGAUAUUGCAAGGCCCCAGGGCAUACUAUUGAAGGUUGUCGCAAACGAGAAUACAAUAAUAGGAAAUUUGGAAACAAUCAAAAUUCAAACUACCGCACAAACCCUACUACUUCCUUUCAAAAUCGGAACCAACCGAUUCAUGCAAUAGCUUCUUAUGAAGAUUAUGGUGUCGAUGAGACAGAUAAUCCUUUAAACGAAUAAAGGACUCCCGACGGUGUCUCCCGAGUCCGAAAUUUCAACGUCCUCUAUUGCUAUAUCCAAAUGACACCGCAAAUUCUAUAUCCUAUUACAAUUCCAGGGUCACACAACAGGGUAACCAGCCCCAAAAUGAAGACCAUAUUCCUAUUUCUAAAUCCAAGGUCACACAUCAGGGUAACCAGCCCCAAAACGAAGACCAUAUUCUCAUUUCUAAAUCCAAGGUCACACAACAGGGUAACCAGCCCCAAAACGAAGACCAUAUUCUCAUUUCUAAAUCCAAGGUCACACAGCAGGGUAACCAGCCCCAAAACGAAGACCAUGCUCCUAUUUCUAAAUCCAAGGUCACACAGCAGGGUAACCAGCCCCAAAACGAAGACCAUGCUCCUAUUUCAAAGUCCAAAGUUACACAGCAGGGUAGUCAAACUCAUAGUGGUAGCAACGUUAAUAAAUCAAUUACAAAAUCCUCUGUACCACAUAACCCUAGUUUUAAUAAUGGUGCAAUAAAUUCCCAACGAAGGACAUACAUGCCUGCCAUAUCUCCUCUUACAACAUCCAUGGUUGAUACCUCAAACAUCACACCUGAAAUAAAAAACAAUAUAUAUAACAAAAUACAUAACGUUACUUCAAAUCCAUCCGAAAAAUACUUACCCUUUGUGGAAGUUCAAACCUCUGUAUCUACCAAACGACUUAAGCUCCUUGUUGACAGUGGUGCAUCUAUUAGCCUUAUAAAGAAAUCAUCUAUUCAAAACAUGCCU